GACAGAUAGUGACCACUCAAAAGAUACGGAAGCUAUUUAUUGUGUAAAUUGAAGGAAUUCAUCCUCUGAUAGAGAAUCUAAGGAGAAAAAAAGUAAAUAAAGGGGAUCUAUUCCCAUAAAGCAUAAAACAAGUAUCAAGUACCAUGUCCAGCAGUAUGCAUGCGAAACAUAGAUUUAUUCUGUUACAUUACCUUUUUCUUUCACAGUUCCUCAAUAACUUUUCUUCUCGGAGUUCAAAACAACAACAUUGACGGUUCUCUUGAUGCAUGUUAGCAUGCGAUCUCGAUCUAGCUAACGUGCGCCCCCGCCGUGUUUUGAAAUGGCUAAGAAGAAGAGGAAUAAUGGGAAGAAACUCUUUAAUAUUGGAUUAAGAGCAUCCAAUUCGGGAUUGAUUUCUCCUAUAGAUCAAUCUGAUACUGGUUUUAUGAAAGAUGAUGAAGAUUUUAAUUUGGAGGUGGAGGUUAUAGGGUCAACGGGACCCAAAGGAGAGAAAAAGAAGAAGUUGAUGGUGGAUAUUUUGAGCUUGGCUGCUCCUCAAGUUCAAAUCUAUCCUCAGAAAUCUGGAGUUCAAAUGAGAAUUAUCAAUAAAGCUCCGUUCUCCCAAUCUGGUGCUGUUUGCUCUCCUAGGAUUUCUUGGGCGGAUGAGGUUGAUUUGGAUGUGGAUUCAUCUCCUCACCAUCGGACUUCAAAUUUGCACAUCAAGGGGACUUAGAGGCGAUCCGACAAGCUUUGGAGGAUCCCGCUUCAAGUUCAUAUGGAACAUCAUGCACACGCCCACUAGGCGAUGGCCCUAAUGAGGUUUGCGAGUUUGAAUCGAUUAAUGAUUUAUCUAGUGAUGAACUUGCUUGU